GCUUUGCCUCUCGCGAGCCGCGUGAGCACGCGCGGGGCGCGUUGCAAAGCUUUGUACCCCGAUCCAUUCCUACCCACGUCUUUGCUCAAAAACUGAAGUCCCACGGGGUUCACUUUGAAAGCACACCACCCAGCCUGCAACGUUAACUACAAAUGCGAUGGAAGAUAGCAAGAGCGAAAAGGUCACAGAUAUUAUUCGGCUGAAUGUUGGCGGAUGUAUGUACACCGCUAGGCGUAAAUCUUUAUGCCGUUUUAAGGACUCAAUGCUAGCAUCUAUGUUCAGUGGACGAUUUCCUCUGAAAAUGGAUGACACAGGAGCUUGCCUUAUUGAUCGAGAUGGCAGCCUCUUUAAAUACCUCUUGGAUUAUCUUCACGGAGAGGUUCAGCUACCAGAAGAUGAGCAGACGCGAAUUGCAUUGCACGAAGAAGCUGAUUACUUUGGCAUUCCUUACCCUUACAAUCUUGCUGACCAUUUGGCCAAUGAAAUGGAGACUUAUUCUUUAAGAUCAAACACAGAACUCAAAAAGGCACUUCUAGAUUUUUGUGAGUCUUACGGCUUAAUAUGCACUAAGCCUACAGUGUGGGUCUUACACUACCUCAACACUUCUGGUGCAAGUUGUGAGAGUAGAAUAAUGGGUGUGUAUGCCACAAGAGCCGAUGGGAAAGCGGCAAUUGAAAAGGAGCUGGGAGGAAGAUUACACAGCAAAAAUAUUUACAAGAGGCAAGCUGGAAACAAUGUCCAAUAUAUCUGGAGCUAUUAUUCAGGGUCCGAAUUGGAAAAGAUGAUGGAUGCAUUUGAGGCUUGGGAAGGGAGAGGUGUCAGUUAUUGGCGAGUCCCGCAGGAACUGAUAGAAUGCUGGACUCUUGAGGAACGCCCUUUGAAAGGAAGUCUCCAAAGCAUGCCUCCAGUUCAUAGACGACAAUUAAUAGAUCUUUCCGAAGCAGAAGAAAGUCGCUUGAGCAGUAGAACAGGCCGGAAGCCAAUUCAGUUUUCUGGUCCGUCAACAAGUACUCGCAUCACAAUUAAGAAUUCUGCUUUUGUAAAGGUAGCAGGAUGCCCUGCAUCUUCCCGUUCCCAGAAGACUCUCAAGCGACCUAGCAGAGACAGUUCGUUGCUGUGCAAAGACGUACCAAAACUCACACCAUUGAGUAAAAAUUCUCAAGAAUCCGUUAGGAGCACUGAAAAUGGGGCAGACUGUCACAGGACGCUAAAGGCCCCGUUCUUGAAGAAGCCUGCAACCAGUCGUGCGGUCAAACUCAAGCGGACUCCGCUCUGUAACGACCGGUUAACUCAACACACUUCCCAGGUGCUGAGUACGGUGGCUGAGCACCAAGUUCCAUCUGUUGCAGUUGGCUCCACUCCUGCUUCCCAAAACUUAGGCCAGGAGGAAUUUGGACACUCCGAGGAAAACGUUACCGCUAAGAAUCAUUUACAGGAAGACCAACUGAACGAUGUGGCAUGAAUUUUAUAUAUAUGGUGUUAUCCGCCAUGAUCUGCUAGAGACAAAAUUCUGAUCUUUUGGGAGUCCUAAUAAAUGUGACACAUUUGGGAGGGGGGAACAUUCACAUUUAUAAUCAGAUUUAUAAUGAUUUUUCUCUGUGUGGCGAAAGAGGCAUAUGGAUGUUUGUUCAGAAAUAUGUGCUUUUUGUCGUUCACUCAUUACCUUAUAUAAAUAAAAUUUGAGCUGCUCAGUCAUUCUAGAAUA